GGGCUCUUACAUUGCCGUAUAUUUUUCGUCUGCAGCUGGUUGGCAGGAUGGGGCUACCGCUGUCUGCUCUUGGGUGCUGAGAGAUAUGGUGUUUGUUGCCAAUGUAGGAGAUGCUAAGGCAGUGCUGGCCCGUCUUCCCGCCAAACAGCUACCCACAGAGGGUGUGAGUGCGGAUCACACCGCGAAACCCGGAGACGGAAUCCCAAUGGAAGCAAAAAAGGAGGAGCGUCCCAAAGCUGUCAUCGUAACGCGUGAACACAAGGCAAUUUUCCCCGAAGAACGAGCCCGUGUGGAGAAGGCGGGAGGCUUCGUAGCAAAUGGACGUCUGCAAGGAAGACUGGAAGUGUCUCGAGCAUUUGGUGAUAGACAGUUUAAGAAGGUUGGAGUCUCGGCAGCUCCGGACGUCCAUGCGUUCAAGAUUACAGAGAGAGAGCGGUUUAUGGUUCUCGGAUGUGACGGCUUCUGGGGGGUUUUUGGCCCAAGUGAUGCGGUCGAAUUUGCUGAUAAACUCUUGCAGGAGGGGCUGUCAGUGGAGGUGGUGAGCAAGCGACUCGUAAGAGAAGCAGUGAGAGAACGGCGGUGUAAGGACAAUUGCACGGCAUUGACGAUAGUCUUCAGUCGUUGAUUGAUGAUGAAGUGAUGUCUAUGAGAAGUGUGGUUUAGACAAAGAACGACUUCCGAGAGAUGGAAGUGGGAGGGAAAGGAGACCAGCCGAUAGAAAGUCAGUCAGAGAGCAUAUCCACACUAGGACUUUCAUGAAUGUAUUGGACCGCAACUUUGGCCUGUCCUGGAUGUAUCUGACAGAAAUUACGCCCAGAGAUCAGUCAAAAAAGUCCGACUGUUAGUAUGCCCCGAAACUCGAUGAUUUGCUCUCUGUCUAUCCGAUGUGUCGUCCUUCAUACAAAGUUGAGAUUUGCCCAAAUGGGUCAAAUCUACAUUUGCAACAUAGAGCUGUAGUCUCCUUUUCUUUUUUUCAUCGGACAAAAUUGACAGAAGCCAAGCAACAGAAGACAUACCAUAUGAUGUACAGAGUAUUCUUGCAAGAGAGAGAGAGAGAGAGAGAGAGAGAGAGAGAGAGAGAGAGAAGCAGUAGAUUGUGACAUGCUGUGCUGUUCUCGUCUUCCCGCUGUAUGUGGACUUGGUGAAAUCAAUUGAAGCACCAGUA